GCAGAGAGAGAGAGAGAAGCAGAGACGAUAAGAGGGAGGCAGGGAGAGGGCCGGGAGGAGCGCCCCUUCCCUUCAUCCUGGUGGCGGGGCCGCCUCCUUUGUCCUCCGCGUCCUUUGUUUGUGUCUCUCCCGUGUGCAACUGACGUCUCCACAUCUCACCGUGACCCUCACUUUAACCAUGAACCACCCCCCCCGCCGCCGCCGCCCGAAUCUACCUUAACCCCGCCUUAAUCGUUAGUAAUCAACGCCCCACCUCAACCCGGACGCCGACUCUUUAACUCUACAGCCUUCUUCAUGCUGACUUUCUCCAAACUCCGACCGUAAUCCUCACCCGGCGGCCACGAUCGCGGUCGAUGCUGCUUUGAUGCAGUUGUCACUCGACGCCUGUGCUGUUCAGUGAUGCACUAGAGCAUCCGGGAAGAGCGACGCGUGGAACGUGAGCGUGGGGAGGAGGCCCUCGGUGCCCAUGAGUGUGGUGCUGCCCAGCCCCGAGGGCAAUGCCCCUGACGGCACCAGGGAGGCGGCCGCGGGCUCCACCAUUCUGGAUCAGCUACUCCGCACAACAGAGCCUGCUUCACCUGGACACCUCGGCACCGCACUCCUCAAGCACUGCGCCAGCAGUGGUAGCAACUCUUCACUGGUGCCAGGCAUAGUGUGCAGGAAGCGGCAUGGCUCCGAGGGCACGGAGCGCCAGGGAAGUGACUCGGGCCAGGAAAGAGGAUCGCCUGUGGGCAACCGGCCCCUGGAUGAGCACCUGCAGGCCAAGCGCGCCCGCGUUGAGAGCAUCAUUCGUGGCAUGAGCCACUCUCCACUGGGCGUUGGCACCGUUUGCCGUGGGGAGAGGGAUGAUGAGGAGUGCGUCGCUGCAGGAGAGAGGCCCUGUCCCUCAGACUUGACAGAGGAGCCAGGGGGUCCCCUCCACCCUCCGAGGUCGAGUCCCCAGAGCCAAGGCUCUCACCUACCAACAUCACAGCAACAGCGAGAGAACAAGCGUAAGCAACGCCUACCCCAGCAACAGAGCCAGGGCUCUCGGGGGACACGCCGGUCCCGGCAGGGUAGCAGGCAGACAGGGGAGCAGUGUGCCGAGGAGAGGCGGCGCCUGAAGCAACAGCUGGAGGACCUACAGAGGCAGCUGCGCCAGCUGCAGGAGAAGUUCUUCCAGGUGUACAGCAGCAGCAGCGACUCCGAGUUGGAGGACCACACUGGAGAGGACUCUGCAGAUGAAAGUGCAUCUAUGCGGGUAGGGAGGCACUCUCAGCUUCGCGCCCCCUUGCUCGAGGCUGCCGAUUAUUUUGACGAUGCUCACCAUUGUUCCCGGACAGCAGUGAAUGAUUGCAGGUUUGAGGCAAGUGAUAGGAUUCACACAAAGUGUCCCUCAAGAAACAGAGUGGAGAAUAGACAGAGGAUGCAUAAUGACCUCCUAAAAGAGGAUGGAGAUGACUUUGCAGAGGCUCUUAAGAACGGGCUCCAUGGUGCUGUGUCUCAGGUGGUGGACUCGGUUGUGCGGAUGUUCUCAGCGAAACCACACAGUCCUCGACUAACCACGGCUCCCCAACAGCUGAAGACCUCACUGGUGGGGAGGCCCACAACGAACGGGGAAAGGCACGAUGUCAAGUCUAACAACUGCCUCUCACAGUGCCUAAGUGAUGUCCUGGGCAGAAGCUUGGACAAUAGGCCCUUUCAUGUCACAGCCAAUGCAACAGAAGGUUAUGUAGACCAGACGGAGGCCCUUCCACUGGUCGUACGAAAGUCCUACUCUGAAGGGCAAUGCUCCAAAGGUGCACUGUUUGGUAAUCACCACUCUGCUGGCCUCCCCCUGCUCUGCUCUCCGGGAUUCCCCGGCUCUUCGCUGCCCCUUCCUCUGCUCUCCUCGCUGCCCAAGCCUCUGUGUGAGCCAGGCGGCACAGCCACUAAGGAGGGCAUGGGGAGCACUCGUAAGGAGGAUGGGGGCCUGUCACCAGUAAUUCUGGAUCUUGCCAAAGACUUGCCAGGGAGGGUACAGCUUCUAGGAGAGCCACCAAGUAACACUGGGCUGGUAGGAGGGCCUCCCAUCGCUGCGACAUCUCCAACCUUGACCAGCAGCUCUGGGGAUGGUCUCUCCACUUCACUGGUGAAGUCUGAGUGCGGGGACCUGCAGGACACCAGCGACGUCUCUCCCUAUGCCACCACCACCACCGACGGCCUCAUGGUCCAGCCCCUGCUGCAGGAGGGCCUCACUCCGCACCACCUCAAGAAGGCCAAGCUCAUGUUCUUCUACUCGCGCUACCCCAGCUCCAACAUGCUCAAGCUCUACUUCCCGGAUGUGAAGUUUAACAGGUGCACGACGUCGCAGCUCAUCAAGUGGUUCAGCAACUUCCGCGAGUUCUACUACAUCCAGAUGGAGAAGUUUGCACGCUCUGCCGUGACCGAGGGGCUUGACGGGGAGACGCUGGGCGUCACUCGCGACUCCGAGCUCUUCAAGGCGAUCAACGCUCACUACAACAAGUCCAACGAUUUCCAGGUGCCGGAGGCCUUCCUGGAGGUAGCGGGGAUCACCCUGCGAGAGUUUUACGCAGCCGUCAAGGCCGGCAGAGACACAGACCCAUCCUGGAAGAAAUUCAUCUACAAAAUAAUCUGCAAGCUGGACAGCCCUGUGCCCGAGGCCUUCCGCUCACCAUGCUGCCUGCAGGAGCUGGUGCAGGAGUGACGGAGAGGCAUUGUGUCUCACCGUGCUACCUGCAGGAGGGAGCGACGCGGCGUUCCCUGCGUUACGUGCUGCUCCACCGUGCGCCGUCUUGUUGCCAAGCUCUGGAGCGGCACCGCGCUUGCGUGCCCCGAACCGCUUUGGUGGAUUAACUCCCCAAGCCCCGUCUCCGGCAAACAUCCCAGGCGUAAUCACCAAAUACUCUGCUGCCCAAAUGAUUUGGGAGUCGAAAAGUCGGUAGCAGUUAUUAUGAAAUACUUUAAUAACGAGUAUUCCUAUGCUAGUCAAUAGUAAUGAUUACAUUAUGCCAGUAAUGUCUAGUUGUUGUUUCGGUAACAAUGAUGGACAUCGCUGCUUGCGGCAGUACAGAAGUGGACAAAGGGACUGGACAUUGUGGGGAGGGGCAGGGCAGCAAGGGGUGGGGGAGGAAGCUGGGCAGCACGAAGAGGGGAUGGACAGCGAGGGGAUGGGCAGUGAAGGGGAGGGAAUGUGAAGUACGGGGAGGGGCAGGGCAUCCCUUGAGAGUUCGUCUGUAGCGACAUGGGGAGGAUGAAUGCUUCAAACGCCAUCUGCAGCUUCAAAACGAAUCCAUCUAAAUCCCUUUUGUUUUGUUGAGUAGUUUCUGAGAUUGAGCUUAAAUAAUACAUGCUUAUUACAAUUAGGCUAAGAACUGUGUAUGUACUAUUUAUAUGUCUUCAUCCCAGAGACAGAUCAGGCUGAGAACCCUGGCUACCAAUUUCCUGAGUCCUUCAAUGACUUUAAAGUGCCAUUGAAAUUUUGGGGCUGGAUUAGGGGGUCGAGGAGGAAGAAAAUUCCAAAAAAUUUUAUCAUUACGUUUUUAAGUCAUUGCACGGGGCCUCUCAAAGUGAAUGUGAUUGACAUACUAAAGAAAAACAGUUCUAAAGAAGAACUUGAGUGCUACAUGGGGAGCUGGCACCCCCUGCCUGUUUCUAGUGUCUUGUGUGAGACCUCAUUCCUCACGGUAUAAGUCUGUAGCCUGGCUUUGAGACCACAACCAUGGUGAAACGGUGACCCUCUCGACAGCAAUAACACUUGAGUGGCUGUUAAAGACCCGCGCAUCGUGAAUGAUUACCUGAGAAUUGUCUGCUUCUCAUCUGUUGCACGCACCAUGAGAAUCGGGAUCCGUGCGCAUAAGCAUACGUGGUCUCGUACUCGUCUGGCGACCGAGAGGCAGCAGACGAGCCCAAGGCAGAGGUUGAGGAGGGAGCUGGCUCUGAAACAAGGGGGCUGGGUUCUCCACGCCCUCCAUCGGUGCUCGCCCAGUGGGCGGCAGUGAGUAAUUGUCAGCCGUAGAGAGGGGCACAACGGUGAACAUUUGGCAGAUCCAGCGAAGGAACAAGCCUCUCCUCAUGAGAUGGUUUUGAAUCCGUUGCGUGCAGGGAGCUCCGGCCACGAGCCUCUUGCCCUGUGUUCCCCGGGGCCAUGCAGCUUUGCUCCACUCGAUGUGCGUGCAGAGAGAACUGCCGCAGAACUUGGCCGUUGACACAUUCCCCCUCUCAGGCCGCUGCCCAUCCUCACUGGUGUGCAAUUUCACCAGCCCCGUUGCUGGAGCCUGGGCAGGGAUGGUCUGACUGGUCCAUUAUUUGCACAAGUGCAGCCUUCAUUGUUACGUAAGUACGAAGCCAGGAUAUGGAAAAUUAAUGUACAUGAGAAAUGUGACCAUGGUUUUCACGAAGGGGGACAGGUUUGGAUGUGAGCCAUGGCCUCUGGCUCAAAAGUUCCAGUGUUUCCCCAUGUGCUUUCAACAUUAGCCAUGAAAGCCAGUCCACUGAAACCAUGAAUACGCCUCGUGGAAGUUAACGUUGUUGCAAGAAGAUUUCUGUUUGAUUCUCAGGACAACACACACGGUAAAGCCAGCACUGUGGCUGUAUUCGUGUGCUCAUUUAAUGAUUUUGCCGUCAUCGGCAGUAUGUCCUGCUUUGUUCUGCUGUCCUUUGUGAUGGGGGAAGGAGACGGAUGCUAAUCGGGUACGUAAUUUAUGCGUGGGAGUUUAGAAUGUUUUAUACCAAUAUCAGGAAAAUGUGGUGUCUGGAUUAUCUACUACUGAACGCACGCACUGAGAUAUCAGGAAAGUGGUCUGAUACCAUAUAUCAACAUUUAUGAAAAGACUAAACUAUGGCAUAAAUGUGUGUACCGCUCUCUGUAUGUUGCCGCACACUUAACAUGUUGACUUGGUGACGAAGGCACUGUGGGCUCUGCAUUUCGAGGAGCCUUUGUUUGGUCUCUUAAGGAUGAGAGAGGCAUUGAAGUGAGACUUCUGCCUAGCACCACUGGCCCAAGCAGGUGUCGAUGUGCGUCGGCGCAAACUGUACGCAGGUUUGUUAUAUUUUUACGCGUAACCAGAGUUUCACAAUUCAAACGAAGCGUAGAGUUCGCGACUUUUUUUAAAGAACUGCCCCCAAGGGCCCGUGGUUAGGCGCCAUGGUGGCCUCAUGUGCUCUGCAUAGCGUCGCUGUGAACGGGGCCAUCGAGUCGGCAGAUCCGUUGCUGGAUAAUGGUGGCGUGCAGUGCUUUUGGCAGUCACUAGGGACUCUGUAAUUCAGGAGGAGCACGGGACUGGGGGUGGGCAGGGGUUCAGAAGCAAGCAGGGGGGACUGAGCAUCCUGUGCUCACUGUAAUGGAUCAACAACCAAAGUCGUUUCCCCCCCCCCCCAUUCGAAAUGAUUUUAAGACAUUUGAUAUUCACAGAGCAAUUUUUAUUUUGUGAUAAAACGAUGAGUGAUACAUAAUACGUAAUCGGUAGGCUUGGAGACAUUGCGCGUGUUACCAAGAAAGUUUCAACCCAGGCUUGCUGACAAGAGUUUAAGCUGCAGAGUCUAAAGGCGGGGAGUUUAAAUUCCAGCUGUGUGCAGUGUGCUGUGGGGGACAAGGUGGGCAUGUCCCACGCAGCACUUGUUUUGCGUGAAGGCAAGUUCCACUUGUUUGGUAUUGGAAUAACAUUCCUGGUUCAACAAUAAGCAAUGGAAUUAUUUUCUUCAAUAUUGCUGCCGUUAUGACUAACAGUGACUGACUUAAUAACAAUAUUGCUGCCGUUAUGACUAACAGUGACUUGACUUAAUAACAAUAUUGCUGCCGUUAUGACGAACAGUGACUGACUUAAUAAUAUUGCUGCCGUUAUGACUAACAGUGACUUGACUUAAUAACAAUAUUGUUGCCGUUAUGACCAACAGUGACUGACUUAAUAACAAUAUUGUUGCCGUUAUGACUAACAGUGACUGACUUAAUAACAAUAUUGUUGCGUUAUGACCAACAGUGACUGACUUAAUAACAAUAUUGCUGCCGUUAUGACUAACAGUGACUUGACUUAAUAACAAUAUUGUUGCCGUUAUUACGAACAGUGACUGACUUAAUAACAAUAUUGUUGCCGUUAUGACUAACAGUGACUUGACUUAAUAACAAUAUUGUUGCCGUUAUGACUAACAGUGACUGACUUAAUAACAAUAUUGUUGCCGUUAUGACGAACAGUGACUUGACUUAAUAACAAUAUUGCUGCCGUUAUGACUAACAGUGACUGACUUAAUAACAAUAUUGUUGCCGUUAUGACGAACAGUGACUGACUUAAUAACAAUAUUGUUGCCGUUAUGACUAACAGUGACUGACUUAAUAACAAUAUUGCUGCCGUUAUGACUAACAGUGACUGACUUAAUAACAAUAUUGCUGCUGUUAUGACUAACAGUGACUGACUUAAUAACAAUAUUGCUGCCGUUAUGACUAACAGUGACUUGACUUAAUAACAAUAUUGUUGCCGUUUUGACUAACAGUGACUGACUUAAUAACAAUAUUGCUGCCGUUAUGACUCACAGUGACUGACUUAAUAACAAUAUUGUUGCCGUUAUGACCAACAGUGACUGACUUAAUAACAAUAUUGUUGCCGUUAUGACUAACAGUGACUGACUUAAUAACAAUAUUGUUGCCGUUAUGACAGUGCAUGACAUAAUAACAAUAUUGUUGCCGUUAUGACUAACAGUGACUGACUUAAUAACAAUAUUGUUGCCGUUCUGACUAACAGUGACUGACUUAAUAACAAUAUUGCUGCCGUUAUGACUAACAGUGACUUGACUUAAUAACAAUAUUGCUGCCGUUAUGACUAACAAUGACUGACUUAAUAACAAUAUUGCUGCCGUUAUGACUAACAGUGACUGACUUAAUAACAAUAUUUUUGCCGUUAUGACUAACAGUGACUGACUUAAUAACAAUAUUGUUGCCGUUUUAACUAACAGUGACUGACUUAAUAACAAUAUUGUUGCCGUUAUGACUAACAGUGACUUGACUUAAUAACAAUAUUGCUGCCGUUAUGACUAACAGUGACUGACUUAAUAACAAUAUUGCUGCCGUUAUGACUAACAGUGACUGACUUAGUAACAGUUAUGCCACUGGUUUUGGUCAUUUCGCACCUACCAGUUGUCGGCCGUGGGACUGUGCCUCCGUCAUGCACGCCUGGAAUGCUGCGACUUGAAGACGUGACUUUUGAGCGCCUUGGUUUCUCCUUGCCCAGGUGAACGAGACCACCAGGUUAAAGAAACGGGUCGCGUCCUAGCUCCAGAAAUGCGUGCAAGUGGCAGUGAUAGGGCUCUUUCCCGUGGCGCAGUGGACGUGGAAGACGCUGAGCAUGGGCACGGAUGCUCCCGGAUCAAUGUUCAGAAACUGGGUUCACAAACGACAGUGCCUCGUGGUUCUGCAGCUGGCAGCGGGAGAGGCACCAAUAGAAAUUCAAGCCUACCUUUUCUCCAAACGGAGGAACACCUUCACCCUAGGCCUGUCGCUAGCAUUCAACAUUGGCGGCAUUGUGUUUGAGGCACGGCUUCGGUUCAAACGCUGCCUCCCGCGACAGAGGCAGGGACUCGGUCCGUGUUGGAUAGAUGCUCCGCCGCAUCCACACCCAAUGGAUUAUCCGCUGCAUCAAGCUGUACGAAUAUGCAAGAGAGUGCAAGGUCUCUACCUGCCAGUGUUUGAGUUAAUAAUUAUUUAAAUUAAGUGUCAUGAGUUGGUUUUGUUGAUAUUAAUUCCAUCAGCAGAUCGUCAAAUGAUUAGAAUUUAGUUACGAUUUAAAGUAUACGUGAUAUACUAUAGUACUUAUUUUCCAUUGUGCUGGUGUUGUAAGUUAUUUUACCUAAUUUAUUGUAAUUUAUUGUGGAAGGUAGAAAUGUUGUGAUGGUGGUAAUCUGCUCCAUUUUAGUUAGUUUUUAUUUUUCCAUUGGGUUUCCAUUCAACGCUGGGUUGUGAUGCAAGUCGGAGUUCAGGGUGCUGCAGCCUUAUCCAGACCACUGUCUCAGAUACCCAACAACACCUUUCCCCGCGCCCGCACCGGGCAAGCAUUCUGCCUUCUGUGCCUUUCAUCGCAGCUGAAUGUACCUGCAGCGCUGUUUAACUCCACGCAGCUUUUGUGCUCGAUUACAAAACUCCGUUAAUAAAACCCACUUUAGAGAAAG